AUGGCCGAUGCUCCUGCGCAAAAGAAGCGCCAGCGUCCCUUCAAGCCGCCAAGUCGCGCUUCAAGCAACGCCGGUCCAUCCACCGGUGCCGCAUCCAACCCCAAACCCAAGGCCAAACAAACGAACACAGGAGCAGCUCCGAACAAAAAGACCACGUCAGCAACGGCAUCAAAAUCGAAGCCCCGAAAAGCUCCCACUCCCGCAAAGCGAAAGCGUGACGAAUCUCAUCCGUCAGCUUCACAAUCGGCCGAUGGCUCCGAUGCAGACUCGGACCAUGCGUCAGUCCGUAGCCGUGAGCGAUCCCUCUCGCAAGAACCCGACUACAUUCUCGCAGAGAUCAUCACCCAUCACGAAGAAAGCGAGGACGUGAGCUCGAGCGAUCCCCAGAUUCCGGCAAAACUUCUCACACGCCUGCUACAUCACCAUUUCCAGAACGAAAAGACCAAGAUUGCAAAGGAUGCGAACAAGGUGGUCGCCAAAUACGUGGAUGUUUUUGUGAGGGAAGCUAUUGCGCGAGCGGUAUACGAGAGAGCUGGGCCGGAGGGCACAGCAAGUGGAAGAAGAAUUGAUGACGGUUUCUUGGAGGUCGAGGACCUCGAGAAGAUGGCGCCGCAGCUCACGAUGGAUUUUUAA